UGCGGUUCGUCAGUCAGUUGUUCGCAAACGUUGACAACCGAAGCAAGUUAGUACAAAUACUCAGUGAUCUUUUUCCUCAAGAUGUCCGAAGCCCAUUUCGACGAAUAUGAGCAUUACAAUUUCCAAUACGACAAACAUAUCUACAGCGGUCACAGCGGCAAGCAGCGCUCCAAGAAGGAGGUUAGUGCACACACGAACCACAACGACCCCAGCGGUCAUUCCAGAAAGAUCGUCACCAAGAUGAUGAACACGGAGAUUAACAGAAAGACGAAGAAUUGACCUCGAGUUCCUAAAAUGUGAUUUUUUCCGACAUCCAAAGACGUUCCGCUGCGAGUUUGAGGACUUUCCCCAUUGGUUGUGAUUUCGUUUGUUCGUAGUUGAGUAUGACACUGAUCGUCCCGAUCGCGUCAGCCAUGCCUUUAUGUCAUUUCGUGUAUGGAAUGGAUUAGUUUCUUCAUGUCGAUGGAAGUGAUAAAAGUCGACGGAAUACUGUAUUACUAAUAAAUUAUUGUUACUUUUGUAGUAUUGUAUUUUUUAAUAAAUACUUUACGUUUA